AUGUCUGACUUAGAAAGCUGUGUUUCUUCUGCCCGUAUCCGUACCGGCGAUACCCCUCAACCCCAAGUUGGUGAAGAGUUGAAUGAUCAUAGAAAUCAACCGGAGACUCUUCCACCUCCCGAUGAUACUAGUGACGAUGAAUUCUUGCAGCCUUUAUCUCAUGAACAAACUCAAAGGUCUCAACUGUCAGCUAGGCAACUGCGGCUGAACUCCCGUCCAAAAGUACCCAGCGAAUUUCCUCGUUUUAGAAAAGGAUCCCGUUCUAACUCCGCCGGAAAUAAUGACCUCCCACCGAUGUCAGAAACAAGAACAAAUGAUAGCGUGUUUUCGGCACUGGAAGCAAAUGCUGGAGCACAUUUUCUGAAGCGGGACCGGCGGCCUUCUCGGUCUUCCUUCGACCUGGAAGCUGACUCUCAUGCCUCGAGAUCGUCACAAGAAACAGAAGAAGAUGUUUGUUUCCCUAUGUUGAGAGAACAUGUGCGGAUUAAUGGGAUUGAUUUCGAUGAAAUAGAUGACUUCAUCAAUGAAGAAAGAGAAAAUGAAUUAAUCAUGAAAACACAGAGCAAGAUGAUUGCCCAAGACACCGCCAUGAGAGUCGAAUCAAAAGCUACAGGCAACAUGUACUCACCUGGAGAGAAACUCAACAAGAAUGCUAUGAAAUAUACGCCUAAGAACAUUUUGUGGAAUGUGAACAAAGGCUCAAACAAGAAAGGCUCUUCUCAGAGGGAUGGUUCCGGAAUUGUUCCCUCUGACUCGUCAGAAGAAUUUAUUGAUGAUAAAAGGUUUGAUGACGAUUUUUCAGAUAACGUUAAGUUUGGAGGCACGAGGAUAAGUGAUGGCGACACGGUGUUGCCCGAACGCUUUUCCUUUUUCCAUUCAGACAACGAGGAAACAAUACACUCGCCAGACCUUCCAUCAUUGAUUCUGCCCGACCUGAGUGCGCGAGAACUAUUCAAAAAUGGAGAAGGAACUUGGUGGUUGGACGUUACAUGCCCAACUGACUCUGAGAUGAAAACACUUGCAAAAGCUUUUGGUAUCCACCCUUUGACAGCAGAAGAUAUCAGAAUGCAAGAAACACGCGAAAAGGUGGAAUUAUUCAGAAGUUACUACUUUGUCUGUUUUCAUACUUUUGAACCAGACAAAGAGUCGGAAGACUAUUUGGAACCUAUCAAUGUUUACAUUGUCGUGUUUCGUGAAGGGGUUUUGACUUUCCACUUCUCUCCAAUUCUGCACCCAGCGAAUGUCAGACGGAGAGUAAGACAAUUGCGUGAGUAUGUUGAUGUGAGUGCUGAUUGGCUUUGUUAUGCAAUGAUUGAUGACAUCACUGAUAGUUUCGCGCCUGUCAUUACUGCUAUCGAAUACGAAGCAGAUGCCAUCGAUGACUCUGUAUUGAUUGCUACACUGAUCAACUUUAGUUCCAUGUUACGGAGAAUUGGCGAGUCUAGGAGAAAAGUGAUGACAUUGAUGAGACUUCUCUCAAACAAAGCAGAUGUCAUUCGUAUGUUCGCGAAAAGAUGUCAAGAUGAAGCCUACCAACAGUCUCCUACAGCUGCAUCCAGAGUGAACUUAGCUGGACUCAGCGCUGGCAUCAACAGUGGAAAUGUAUCACCACCACCUUCUGCGCACGGCAUUAGCUUUGGCCCGGGCCCAGGUGCUCCUCCUGGGCUUAUGCUGGCUACACAGUUUGCUUCCGGUGACAGGGUUCAACCAAGGGCUGAUAUUGCAUUAUACUUGGGUGAUAUUCAAGAUCACGUGGUGACUAUGUUUCAGAAUUUGUCUGCUUAUGAAAAGAUUUUUAGCAGAUCUCAUGCUAAUUACUUGGCUCAAUUGCAAGUUGAGUCGUUCAAUGCGAAUUUGACAGUGACAAAAAUCUUGGGAAAUGUGACAUUAAUCGGUACGUUGUUGUUGCCUCUAAACGUCAUAACUGGUCUUUUCGGUAUGAAUGUUCGAAUCCCGGGGCAGGAUGGGUCCAACCUCGGUUGGUUUUUUGGAAUUGUCGGUUUUAUGGUCCUCAUGGUUGUGGGGUUAUUUAUUGCCGUCAAGCUUUGGUUGAGGCACAUCGAGAAGGGUGAAAGGAAAGUCGAGGAUUCAUCAAAAUCGAUUAAAAGCUUCGGCUUAAAGUAUAAGACUAAAGAAGCCGCAAAAUCCAUCAUUAGUUUCCCCAAUAGGUACGACUGA